AUGCAGUUCAAGACUCUCUUCACAGCCUCUCUCCUCAGCGCUCUCGCCGUCGCUGCGCCUGAGGGCACAAAGACUGGUCCCGCCAAGUCUGGCAACUCUCCCGCCCCUAAGACUUUCGGUCUCGUCGCUCUGCGAUCCGCCAGCCCUAUUCACUUCACGCACUUCAGCGCCUCCGAGAACGGUUUCUUGCUUGGCCUUCCCAAGGAUAAGCAGAAUGCUACCUGCACUGGCAAGUCUGACGGAUCAGCUGUCUUCCGUCUGAGCGAGGGUGAAUUGUUCCUCUACAACACCGGAAAGAAGCAGCAGCGCGCUUACACUGAUCGCUCCGGAAUGGGACAAGGUGUUCUUCAGUAUGCCACCGUCACCGACAACGAGCUUCCCGAGGCAUUCGAGACAAAGGGUUGGAAGAUUGACAAGGCUGGCAACCUUAACUUUGCCGAUGCUAGCGGUUUCACUGCCUGCCCCAACGGCCCUGAUGGCUCUUGGAACGUCUGGGUUGCUACCGGUAACCCUCGCCCUGGAUACAGCGAGAAGGAGUGUCUUGGCUUCAACGCCCGCGUUGCUGAGAUUGAGCACGCUGUUAGCUGCCCCAACUGCGGCGCCAUGAAAUUCGCAGUGUCUCUGGGCACGCUGCUCAUCAACCUCUCACUAUGGACGUUCAUCGUUGCAGCCGAAGAUAGAUCUCCUGAGAGAGUAUGCUAUGACGCGUGUUUUGCAUGCCUAAAGCCCGUGCAUUUCGACGACGUGUUGCGGAACCAAACGGGUUUUACGAAAACAUGCUACAGCCCCAAAGCGAUACUCUCGCUGUAUUUAUGUCUUGAUGUUUAUUGCGCGCCUGGGGCAAGAGAGGUGGGCUUGGGACCGUAUAAUGAGACGUGUAGGGAGAAAGCGCAUGUUGUUUUACCGCCGUUUGACGUGAUUUCGAAUUAUACGGUUGAGGAUGUUGAGAGGGUGAGGAGGUUUGAGCAGAAUGAGACGGAUGAGGGUGUUUUGUUUAGAGAGGUUGUCGUGCCUUCUGAGCAUUGGUUUGGGAUCUGGUGGGAUACUUUGGACUCUGUGGCGUAUACUUACACAUACCACGAUGUCUACGGGCGCGCCAUGAUCACCUUCUGGGUAGUCGUAGUAGCCAUCGGCAUCUUGAACCAUGCUAUUCUUUAUAUAGCCAAUCUGCAAAUGGUUCGCAACUAUUCUUCACAAUCAGGCGGAAGACUUUGGAACUUUUACAAUUGGGCACUCAACCGAAUCACCGUUCCAGCAACAUUUGGAAAUCGAUGCGCACAGAAAGUCGGCUGGGGAACCGUCCCUCCUCAAAUACAAUCUUGGACCUUAUUUGCUUUCCUGCUUCUCAAUAUUGCGUUGAGCAUCCUUGGAUACAGGAUCGUACCAGUCAACAUGUACUUCCCAUCGACAACGAAACAGCUCCUUCGAUAUGUCUCAGACCGUACGGGUAUCAUCUCGUGGGCCAACUUUCCAGUUAUCUGGCUCUUCGGAAUGAGGAACAACCUCCUUAUGUGGUUGACUGGCUGGGACUUUGGAACGUAUAAUAACUUCCAUCGCUGGGUUGCUCGGAUUGCAACUCUUCAAGCGAUCGUUCACUCUAUCGGCUAUACCUGGUUGAUUGUCUUAGAGGGAGGAUGGGAGUAUUAUCUAUUCUGGUGGAACUAUAUGUUUUGGUGGGUUGGCGAAGUGGCAACUAUCGUCAUGUCGCUUCUCGUUGGAGCAUCCUUUUACUGGAUCCGGCGUCAACAGUACGAGCUAUUCUUGGUCGUACAUAUCAUUAUGUCCAUCAUCCUUCUCAUCACAAUGCUUGCCCACGUCUCCAUCUUUCAAGGUGAAUACGACGUGUUCUUCUGGGUUCCAUGUUUCAUCUGGGUCGGCGACCGCGUCAUUCGAGCUCUUCGCAUCGCAGCUUUCAACCCCAAGCUAUGGGACACCUGGGCGACUUCCAUUUACCAUCCAUCCUCCAACAUUGUUAGACUUGUCGUUCCAUGGUCAAACAGUCUGUACAAACCAGCUCCUGGAACCUUUUACUACAUCCACGUUCUCAACGGCCCUCGAUGCUGGGAAAGUCACCCCUUUACCGUGGCAAUGGUCACGGAUGAAGGACAACGUGCUUUGAAGCUCCUCGGCGAACAAGUUCCUCUGCUCGACGGCACUGUCGCUGAGCAAAGCUCCGAUCCCGUCGACUCACAAGACAUACUCAGCGACUCUAGCACAAUGACAUUCUUAAUCCGUCCCUACGACGGUUUCACCUCAAGACUUCGCGAUACCGCAUCAGCAGUCUGGCCCAAGAACGUUCCCCAACGCGUCCUCAUCGAUGGUCCAUACGGCCACACCCGUCCCCUCCAACUCUUCGACAACGUAACCUUCAUCGUCGGCGGCAGCGGCAUCGUCGUUCCCCUAUCAUAUCUCCACCUUCUCACCGGCCCAACAGCCCCUCGCUCCGUUAAAAUCCACUGGGCUGUUCGCGAACCCGCCUUCGCACUCGAUGUUCUCCAAACAGACAUUGCUGAUGCACUUGGGAGUGCGAAUCUUAGUGUUGAGAUACAUCUUACUACGCAUACUCCGCAAGAUGAGUUGAGUGAGUGGCCGUCACAGGUUACGUUGCGAAGAGGAAGGAUAGAUGCGUCGGAUGUGGUGAGGAGGAGAAGUGAAGAGGUGAUGGGUGAAAGUGUUGCGGUUGUGGCGUGUGGACCGGCGCAGAUGGCGGAUGAUGCGAGAAAGACGGUUGCUGAUUUGUUAAGGAAUGGAGUUAUGAGGAUAGAAUACUUUGAGGAGAGUUUUCAGUGGUGA